AUGGGAAACCCACAAACCUCGUGGCUAGACCAUAAUCACCAAAGCAACUGUGAAGUGAAGGGUCUGCAGCGUCCGGAGGUGCUGGGAAGGGAAGGGGCUGCAGCGUCAGGAGGUGCUGGGAAGAGAAGGGUCUGCAGCGUCCGGAGGUGCUGGGAAGGGAAGGGGCUGCAGCGUCAGGAGGUGCUGGGAAGAGAAGGGUCUGCAGCGUCCGGAGGUGCUGGGAAGGGAAGGGGCUGCAGCAUCAGGAGGUGCUGGGAAGAGAAGGGGCUGCAGCGUCAGGAGGUGCUGGGAAGAGAAGGUGCUGCAGCGUCAGGAGGUGCUGGGAAGAGAAGGUGCUGCAGCGUCAGGAGGUGCUGGGAAGAGAAGGGGCUGCAGCGUCAGGAGGUGCUGGGAAGAGAAGGGGCUGCAGCGUCAGGAGGUGCUGGAAAGGGAAGGUGCUGCAGCGUCAGGAGGUGUUGGAAAGGGAAAGGGCUGCAGCGUCAGGAGGUGCUGGAAAGGGAAGGGGCUGCAGCAUCAGGAGGUGCUGGAAAGGGAAGGUGCUGCAGCGUCAGGAGGUGCUGGGAAGGGAAGGGGCUGCAGCGUCAGGAGGUGCUGGGAAGAGAAAGGGCUGCAGCGUCAGGAGGUGCUGGGAAGAGAAGGGGCUGCAGCGUCAGGAGGUGCUGGAAAGGGAAGGUGCUGCAGCGUCAGGAGGUGUUGGAAAGGGAAGGGGCUGCAGCGUCAGGAGGUGCUGGAAAGGGAAGGGGCUGCAGCAUCAGGAGGUGCUGGAAAGGGAAGGUGCUGCAGCGUCAGGAGGUGCUGGGAAGGGAAGGGGCUGCAGCGUCAGGAGGUGCUGGGAAGAGAAGGGGCUGCAGCGUCAGGAGGUGCUGGGAAGAGAAGGGGCUGCAGCGUCAGGAGGUGCUGGAAAGGGAAGGUGCUGCAGCUUCAGGAGGUGCUGGAAAGGGAAGGGGCUGCAGCGUCAGGAGGUGCUGGGAAGAGAAGGUGCUGCAGCGUCAGGAGGUGCUGGGAAGAGAAGGGGCUGCAGCGUCAGGAGGUGCUGGAAAGGGAAGGUGCUGCAGCUUCAGGAGGUGCUGGAAAGGGAAGGGGCUGCAGCGUCAGGAGGUGCUGGGAAGAGAAGGGGCUGCAGCGUCAGGAGGUGCUGGAAAGGGAAGGGGCUGCAGCGUCAGGAUGUGCUGGAAAGGGAAGGGGCUGCAGCGUCAGGAGGUGCUGGGAAGAGAAGGUGCUGCAGCGUCAGGAGGUGCUGGGAAGAGAAGGGGCUGCAGCGUCAGGAGGUGCUGGGAAGAGAAGGGGCUGCAGCGUCUGGAGGUGCUGGAAAGGGAAGGGGCUGCAGCGUCAGGAGGUGCUGGGAAGAGAAGGUGCUGCAGCGUCAGGAGGUGCUGGGAAGAGAAGGGGCUGCAGCGUCAGGAGGUGCUGGGAAGAGAAGGGGCUGCAGCGUCAGGAGCCUCCUCCACCAUCGGGAACACAUUGGCAGGAUACCCGCAGCCCUGGCACACACACGCCGCCCCAGGGUUCCUCCGUGUUCGCCCUCCAGCUGUCAAGCGCCGCAUUCCGUAUUAG